UCGAAGCUGUUCCGGGCCGCCGGGCAGCCAUGGCCGAUGAGGAGGAGGAUGUGCCGUUCGAAGAGGACGCGGAGGACGCCGGCGGGGGCCUGGACGGCGGACAGGGCAGGAGGAAGCGGCUGUUCUCUAAAGAGCUAAGGUGCAUGAUGUAUGGAUUCGGAGACGACCAGAACCCUUACACAGAAUCAGUGGACAUUCUUGAGGACCUGGUAAUAGAGUUUAUCACUGAAAUGACACACAAGGCCAUGUCCAUCGGGCGGCAGGGUCGGGUGCAGGUUGAGGACAUUGUCUUUCUAAUACGCAAGGACCCCCGGAAGUUUGCCAGAGUUAAAGACCUCCUAACUAUGAAUGAAGAACUGAAACGGGCCAGAAAGGCCUUUGAUGAAGCAAACUAUGGGUCUUGAUUCUGUGCACAAGCUGUGCACUGGGGCAUUAUUUGGGUACCUGCUGUCCAGUAAGAAGGAAGAUCAUGCGUGUUGUUUGGAAGGGUUUUUUAGGAUGGAGGUCACUGCUGGGAUGUCUGCCCUCACUCCCAGUCUUUUCUGAUAAAUAUUCAAGGAGCUGAAACAUUACCUGAUUGUAUGUGGUAUACUUAGGUAUUUUUAUACCAUUUAAUGAAAUGAGAAAAAGAGCUCUAAAAAUUCCUGCAAUGGCAGGAGUCUGUUUUAAGUAGGCCUGUGUUGCAUCAAGGGCUGAUGAUUCAUGAUCCUCUAAAAUUGUUUCAGUUGUCACUGAAGUAUUCCUGUGACAAGAAACCCUGAAAAUGGAUCUUGGUUAUCUGUAUAAAGACCUUAAGCCCAAACUACUAUCAAAGUUGUGCUCUUUUGCUCUGUAUAUGCUUUUUGAAUAAAACAUAUGUUUGUGCCCACAUUUCAUAA